AUGGAAAGGGCGACUGCUAUCCCUGGUGCCCCAGUGCACAGGCUGAUGAUCUGGGCACGCUCCUCUCCAGUCAAGGCCAAGCAGAACCUCUGCCAAGAAGCUCCUCUGCCAGAGUCUCAGCAGCUCGACAGAGAAGAUGACUGGAGGAAUGUGGCUGCUGCUCAUCAGCUGGUGCUGCCACAGCCCGUCUUCAUUCCACCUCACCAGUCCAUCCACAAGAUCCACCUGGAGGAAGGCAGACAGGCUCGCCCAGCAAGAGCUAAAAGGUGCCGAGAGCUCAGCGGCCUCCAAGUGGACAGCGCCCGAGCAGACAGGAGGUCCAAAAGGAAGAGGAGGAAGGCCAGCUCUGAGCGGAGCCAACGAAGACCCCAGAAGACAAGGGGAAAGGCCCGCAGCUCCAGAGGCCGUCCAGCCAGCAACAACAGUGCCACUGGCAGAACUGUCAGCAGAGCUGAAUUUGAGGCCAUUUACAAGGAACUGGAAGCGCUGGGCAGUGGAGGCUUUGGAUUGGUGUAUUCUGGCUACCGAAAGGAGGACCAUUUGCCAAUGCUGGAUGGAAAGCAGGUCAGAUUUCCCCUGGAGGUGAUGCUGAUGAUGAAGGCAGGAGCAGAUCCAGGACCAGCAGGCAGCAGCGCGGCUGUGGCCCUGCUGGACUGGUUCUACCUGGAGGAGCAGCUGAUCCUGCUCAUGGAGAGACCAGUCCCCUCCAUGAAUUUCAGCCAGUACCUCCAGACCAAAGGGGGCCACCUGCAGGAGCCUGAGGCUAAGGUCAUCAUGAAGCAGCUGGUGGAUGCAGCCAUUGAACUUCAGUCGAAAGGAGUUUUUCACCGGGACAUCAAGCCGGCGAAUAUUCUGGUAGAGACAGCAUCUGAUGUCCCUCAUGUCCGCAUCAUCGACUUUGGCUGUGGCUGCGUCCUCAAGGAAGGCUCCUACACCUCGGGCUACGGAACCUUUUCGUACAUUCCUCCAGAGUGGCACCAGCUAAACCGCUACAGCGCAGAGACAACCACAAUCUGGCAGCUCGGGGUGGUGAUGUACAGGAUGCUGGUUGGACACCUGCCUUUUGGAAGCAAAAGGCAGAUUCUCUACAGCAACGUCAUACUCAACCAUGUGUCCCCGUACUGCAAGGUGUUUUUAAACAAAUGUCUGGCUAAGUUCCCUGGGGCUCGUGGCACCCUGGAGCAGCUAAGACUCCAGUGCUGGCUGCAGUGCUCCUGA